AAAUCAGACAACGCAGUCCACCUUUUGUUAUUAUUUUAUACAUUGUCAACUCUUCAGCACUGAAAGCUCGUCGCCAAGACAGAAGAAUUACAGCUCAGACGUCCUCAGCCAUGCAAGUAUCACGAAAACCUCGUUCUCAGAACCGCCCCGCCAAUCCUCCAGCGGCAGCGGUGAAUUCACCAGCGGCAGCGGUGAAUCCACCAGCUGUUGCGGCUGCUCCUGCGCCAGCACAUCCUGCAGCUGCACCUGUAUUGCCUGUUGCAGCGCAAACAUCUUCGUCCGCAACAGCUCCACAGCGAACGGCAGGUGCUUGGUCUUCACCCAAGUCGUUUGCUCAGAUUGUUGGUGCUUCACAAUCAACGCCGCCAGCGCCCAAGGAACACCAGCAGCCUUCUGCAGCGCCGCAGAAAAAUUCGCGAGAUGCCCUGACCUCAUCUCCCGCCACUACUAACGCAGCGACGGCAAGCACAUCUGCCGCGGCGGCUUCUUCGAGCGGGAACAACGCCACUCUGGCUAGCUCCUCUGCCUCUCCUUCUGCGUCGCCAACUACCACCAAAAAGCUCCAGAUUGUAAAUCUCAAGCGGGGCAUGGGCACGAUUGGCACAGCAACGUACCCAACGAUCGAAACCUGGUUGGCAGAUCCGAGCAACGCGUACGUCGGUCGCAAGACCUACGUGACGCCGCACACCCCGUUCGGCAAUCCGUUUAAGGUCAACCACGAGGGUGAGAGGGCGAGACGCAUCGAAAUGUAUCGAGAGCACUUGCUGACCACUCCUGGUCUUCUCGAACUCGCGAAAGCCGAGUUACGAGGCAAGAACCUCGGAUGUUGGUGCCAUCCCCUUGCCUGUCAUAGUGACGUUCUGAUGGAGUUGGUGAAUCAAGAUUGAACUUCCUCCGCUGUGCCUCUCUGACGAGAACCUCCUCCGCGUGUGCCUCCGAAUUGGUGCGCUUGAACCAAGCUCUGAUUAUGAGCAGCAAGCGCCGGUUUCAGCGCGUCACUGCGUCGUUUCCACCAGCCGAGUUAGUUCUUGAUGUUCAAUCCAAAACGAUGCCCAAUUCCCCCGCAGCAAUGUUACUAUCGCUUUUUUUUUUAACUGUGGCUAGUGAAUUAUUUUUCAUGUCUUGAUGUUGUUGUGGAAAUACCAAGC